UUGCUGUUGCACAUGGAAGGCUACUGUGUUGUACUUCAGAUGGUUCAAAAAUUGCCUCUGCUCUUAUGUUGUCAGGAGCUGCUCAGGCGAUGGAUUUCUCUCCUACACCACAUCACUGGGGUCCACCGCUGGGAAGACAAUGGCAUGGAAUACAGAUGUUUCCACAAAGAGUUGUCUGCACAGCAACAAAGAAGCAAGAGGUGGCUAAAAGUGAAUUCCCCUUCCUACAAAGUCCUGAAGUCGAUGAUGAUGGACACUCGCUUCCUCAAAGACCUUCAACAGAUGACACUGUUCAAACAUACAAGACAACUUGAGGUGUUUCACAAUGCACUCUUGAAGUACUGCCCAAAGCGACUUCAUUUUGGAUACCCUGCAAUGAAGGCACGCACUAUGCUUGCAAUCAUGGACCACAAUGAGAAUCACUCAAGAGAACGGGAACAAGCAAGAACUGCAGGAGGCCUCCCAAGAACCAAUGUUGUCCACAAAAAGCAAACGGGUCAUUGGAUUUCAAGACCAAUAUAUGCGGAGACAACGCAGACAUUCAGAGAUGAUCUCAUGGAACGAGUGCUUCAAAGAAGACUUGACCCCUCAGUCCAACCCAAGGACAAGUCAUUUCAUAUGCAAAUACCUCAACUGCCUGCCAACAUUGCUCCAGUACUAAAGCCCAGGAAAGAGGAGGCCAAGAAAUCACACACCUCGAGAUUCCAAGGCCCAUCAAAGAAGGACUAACUGGGUUUCAACAGCCAACAAACAUUAUUGAAAGACAUCUGUAACUGACUUGCUGUUUUGUUUUGUGUGUGUGUGUGCCUGUGUGUUUUCUCCUCUUCUCUGCACUUGGUUUUCUCUCAGCGUUUUCAGAAUGUCUGCUGCAAAACUGACAUGGGGUAUACAGUAAUUGGUCGCUCCUCUUAUUAUUCCAGUAUCAGUUGGGGUGAGGGUUUUUUCCACCAUAC